GGAACACCAAUCCAUGGACGAUCUAGAUCCAUCAGAUGCAACGGAUAUUCUCCAUAUUUAUUGGCAGCAUCGUAAUAUCUGGAAUAUUAUUGUACACAACCCACGAACACUAUAGAGAAAUGUUUGCGGUUGAAUUUCCGCAAGUUGGGGUUAACUGCGCAGCAAGGAUCGAUGAAGUUGAUCCUCCUUUUCCUGCCAUAUUAAUUGAUGCAGAUCUACUCAAUGAGAUUAAAGAUGAUAGGUGUACGGCUAAAAAACAAAAAAUCAGUGUAGCAGUCGACGUGAAGUACUCGAAGUCUGUUAGACAAUCGGAUUACAAUAUGUACAAUAUUAUUUACUACGAAGAUAUAUUUGAGAGGAAUUACCUACGUAUCUUCGACACACCGACUCGGAUAAUUCCAAAAGACGACUUCAUUAGUCAUGGAAACUUUUCAAUACCCGUCGACAUUCAACACUUCUUCGAGUAUUGGAAACGAUCAAAAUUAAUAGGCUGCAUCAAUAUGAAGAUUGAUCGAAAACCGAUGGUUUCAUAUCUUCCCGUAGAGAAAACAGUACAAGCAAUGUCUACACUUGUACGCUUGUUGGUUACAUUCAACAUCUAUCCUUUUUUCAACGGAGGAACACUUUUAGGAUGGUAUCGUGAGUGUGGUAUCAUUCCACACACAAACGAUAUAGAUUUCGCAGCAUUUAUCGAAGAAUAUAAUCCAGACUUUCUUGAACAUCUGCAGAGCGGUAAAUCGAAGUUCAAACUAAAGCGAAGAUUUGGAAAGGUAAACGACUCUUACGAAUUCACACUGCGACCGGCAGAUGGCAGUCGACCUGCAAUUGAUCUCUUCUGGAUGUACAGCACAGAAAAUGAAUCUUGGGUGGGAGGAACUGGGAGAUCUGGCGCAAAAUACAAAUAUACCUAUCCGAGAAUCACUGAUAACGACAUAUGUGCAGGAGAUUUGCUCAAUAACAUCUUCUGGUUGCCAUGUGAUCCUGAAGCUAUUAUUACGACGGAAUAUGGCCCCAAGUGGUACAAAGACCAUCCAACAAAUAAGUUUUCUUGGAGCUCAUCACAUUACAACGUCAAGAAAAAUGGACAAUGGCGUCCGAGUGAGAUGAAACAUGUGUACAAAAUCUACUGAGGUUAUCAGAUGUCAUCUAAUAAUUGCCUGGGUAUUCGUUCUUACGGGUGUUUCACUACUUUUCCGGUAAAUUUUGUGAUAUUAUCAUGUUUCCAUAUGCAUAAAUUUUACGAAGCAA